UAUUUCUGUUCAUAUUUGGAUAUUUCUCAAACUAUUUUCGCCAAUGCUAUUAUACAUGGAAAUUACCGGGACCAAAAGGGUUACCUUUACUCGGGAACAUGCUUGACCAUAUUGGAAGUAUUGAAGAAAUUACUGACUACAUGUUAAAAACUUCCAAACAAUUUCCAAGUUUAUAUCGAGUUUGGCUAGGUCCAUUACCAUUAGUGAAUAUUUCUACAGCGGAUGCAGCUCAAAUUAUUUUAACAAGCCCACAUUGUUUGGAGAAGUCCCCAAUAAUGGUAAAAGCUCUAUAUCCUGUCAGCGGUGAUACAAUUCUUAUAUCCAAAGUUCCAAAAUGGAAAUAUCACCGCAGUAUUGUAAUUAAAGGAUUUACUCCAACAAUUUUAGAAUAUUAUUUUGGAGUAUUUGUUGAAAAAAGUAAAAUCUUAUCAAGAGUGUUGGAAAAAGAAUUAGAUAAUACAAAAUCAUUUGAUAUUUUUGAGUAUGUAUCACGGGCCAGCAUUGAUACUAUUUGUGGCUCAGCCAUGGGUGUUAAUAUUAAUGCCCAAGAAAGUGAAUCUGAUUAUUUUAAUGCUGUUCGCAAUUCAUUUCAUAUUAUGUUUGAUCGAAUUUUCCAUAUAUGGAAAUACCCAGAUUGGUUAUUCAAAUUAACGAAAAAUUAUACCAAAUUGAAAGAAAACCAACAAAUUUGUUUGGAAUUAACAAGUAAGGUCAUCAAUGAAAAACGCAAAAAUAAUGAGAAGAUGCAUGAGGAAAGUGAAGCAAUCGAAAGAAAUCCCUUCAAAAAACCAUUAUUAGAAUUUUUAUUUGACAUGACGGAAAAAAUUCCUGAAUUUACUGAUGAACAAUUGCAGAAUGAAGUUCAUCUCGUAAUAUUAGCAGCUUUUGAAACAUCAGCUAUGGCAAUUAGCUACACAUUAUUGAGUUUAGCGGCUAAUAAAGAUAUACAAAAUAAAGUAUAUAAUGAAAUAUUAUCAGUGUUUGGAACCUCACAACGUGAAAUCGAAUUAAAUGAUCUACCAAAAUUAGAAUAUUUGGAAAUGGUUAUUAAAGAAGCAAUGCGAUUAUACCCCACAAUUCCGUUGGUGGGACGUGUCGCUUCUCAAGACAUUCAAGUUGGAAAAUAUUUUAUACCUAAAGGAAUGAUUCUUAAUGUUAUAAUCAUAUCUUUACAUCGUGAUGAAAAUAUUUGGAAAGAUUCAUUAAAAUUUGAUCCCGAACGUUUUACACCAGAAAAUAUUAAAUCACGACAUCCUUAUGCGUAUAUACCAUUUAGUGCGGGUCCUCGUAAUUGUAUUGGACCAAAAUAUGCAAUGAUGUUUAUGAAAACCGUAAUAUCAACAUUACUAAGAAAGUAUGAAUUUCAUACUGAUUUAAAAAUGGAUAAACUAAAAUUUGAAGUUGAACUGUCAUUAAAAUUAAUUGGUGGACAUCAAGUUCAAAUGACACCACGAAAUAGUGUUGUAAAAACAUAA